UCCCCUCCUUGAUCUUAUUAAUGAAGCUCAUCAAAAAAAUAACGUAGGAAAUACAGCAGAAGCAAUAACCGAUCAGGAUCAGCAUGUAUAUGACAUGAACGAUGUGCAUCAAGCAAUUUCUCAAUUCCUUGUCUCGUAUGUUUUUGGGCUUCUUGAAAACGCAGAUCAUACUGGCCGUGCGAUUCCAGACGUAAAUUCUAAAAUUUGUUAUGAAUUUGCAUCCUCGGGUAAUUGCUUUGCAGCUUUGUAUAAGUAUAACAAGUGUCAAGAUUGGCACACAAAGCCAACACCAACGAUUUUGUACAAUCAUCUGUUGCUUUUAUGUCGACAAUAUACCGUAAUGAGAAAGAUGCUUGUAUUAUAUCAUCGUCGUAUACUUAAAGAUAACCAAAGUAAAAAUGUCCUUCGUCGACAGAGAUAUUGGGCUGAAAAACUAGUUGACCAUCUCUUCCGUUAUCAGUCUCCACAGACAAGUUGUGCUGAGAUCUCUUAUAUAGUGAUCCGCAAUCAUCUUAACGACAUGCGUAAUGAUUUAUUUAAUGUAGCUGAUAAAGUAUGGCUUAAAGAUGGAUUCAACAGUGGCAAGGACUUUGGGGCCAUGCUAAAAUGCAUGUUCGUAUUACAACAGUUACGACAUAAAUGGGGUUACAAUAAAUUCAGAUGGGUAGUGAAUAAACCUUAUUUUGAGGUGAAAAAAACCCCAUUAAUUGGCUUUGAAUAUGAUCAAAAACGUCGUUGCUAUGUUUCAGUAGGAAAACAUCUUUAUUCGUUUUUCUACUGUCUUAAUUUCAAUAAGGUGAUAGAUGCAAUUAGUCAUGCGACGGUAUUUAUUCGCUAUGCCAUAGGACACAUUCGUGAUGUUUUCCAAAUGGACGCAUCAGAAUCACUUGGUGAUCUUACAUCCCUUAUUGAGUUCACGAUUUCACUAGUUUUUGCGGCUAGUCCUAGACUUUGCGAUUUUUGUCUUCCUCAAAGUUAUUUGGUCAAUUAUUUUUAUGCAUUUGAUGUAAAGCCACUCCUUCCAAACGUCAAUAUCCACAAUGAAUAUAACAUAGAGGACUAUAAAAGUGCAAUUGGAGAUUUUUUUGAUUUAUCUCAUCAGCUUCUCUGCGAGUUGGAUUUCACUAAAAAUUAUCAUUCACCGAUUAUCCUUCGGCUAUUACGACUGCUAAUCCUUAUUGGAUAUAAUGAAUCCAUUUGCGAAUCCACUUCCAUAUCAAAGGUUAUAAAUCUUUUUUCGAGUAUGAAGUUUUCCCAUUCUGAGAAGAUCAAUAGAUAUCUGAAAGAACGCAGUAUGGGACUGCUUAUAAAAACUCUUAUCAACGAUCUUAGGGAGACAGGCUGCGAUUCCUUAGUCGUAGUCUACUACCGCAGAGAAGACAUAUCUAAUUUUGCUGAACUAAUAAAUGAUGGAGCUAAAAUACUCAAAUAUAAUUCUAGUGAAGAAUUCAGGUCUUCCCUUUGGAAAAUCGUAUCUCCAGUAGCUAGCGAAAGAAAGGAAAUUUCUGAAAGCGAAAGAAAGGAAAUCUCUGAAGAUAACCCGGAGUCAGCUGAAGAAAUUCAAGCUUGGUUCCAACAAAUUACCGAUUCCCCUCAUGCUGAUAAAAAUGCCAAAAUGAUACAAUAUUGGUUUCGCUCAGUACUCAUACGAAAGCAAAAGUCCCGCAAGUAUGUUCGAGAUACAACUCUAGAUAAGAUUUAUAAUGAUAUAUCUAAUUUUUGCAACGAUGCAUCGCACUGGGAAGCUGCUAAGAGACUAAAAGGAAAAAGGGUGGUGCGCAAGUAUAUUAUGCUCUUGAAAGGUGAUGCGAGUAAGACUAUCGAUGACGAAACGACAUAUUCUUGCAUAAACCUAGAGGACGAUUUAAGGUUUAAAUAUUAUGAUAAUGUUAAGUUUGCCCUGAAAUCGUUAUCAACGACUGAAAAUGCAGUACAACAUGAAAAGGCAAACGUUGAAUGGCUUGAAAAUGAAUUACAAAAAACGAACGACACUAUUAAGAAUGUUUUGGAAUGGAUAGAUGAAUGCAAGACU